ACAAAAAUCUUAUAUCUUCAUCUUCCCACAAAAACCUCUGAUAAAUCCCCUAUCUUGAAGCUUAUACUGAUAACUGAUGGAGUACUAACUGAUAAACCCAAGUAGAACAAGAAGACAUCACUACCUUUUCUUGAGCUUCAUCCCAAUUCCAUUACCUAAAAGUCUGUAACUUCCACUGCAGCAAUGCUUAGCCUGGGAAAUUUUCCAAGGCAACCCCAAUAUUGUGCUACCAUUAAUAACAGCCCAAUUUCACAAAUUCUUCCUCUUUAUUCCAAGAUUGCUCAAACCCAGUUGUUUUUCCCUUCAAAUACAGUGACCCAUCAAAGCAUUCGUUCUCUUCCGUGGCAAAAACGAACUGGGGUGUGCAUUUUUGCACUCAAGGAUGAAGAAAAAAGUGGAAAUAAUGUAGUAGAAAUGGAAAAUCUUGAUGAUGAUGAUUUUUUAGUGGAUGAGGAUGAUGAUGUGGAAGGAGAUGAUGACGAUGACGAUGACGCUGAUGAUGAGGUAAUAAUUCCAUUAAGGAAUAUGAAGAAGUGGUUAGAAAACAAGCCUAGUGGAUUUGGAGUAGAUAAAGUGUAUGAUACUUCUGUUGAGGAUAAGUUGAUGGAAGAAAUUGAGCAGAGUAAAAAAGCUCAGCUUGCAAAUAUUAAUAAACUCAAGAACAAUCCGGUUAAAGCUAAUUCUAAACAUGUUCAGCAGGAUAAAGAUGUUCAGGAUGGAUUACGUGUGCGCUUGGUCAAUCUUCCUAAGAAAAUGAACAUUGAUAAAGAUCUACGAGUGGCUUUCAAAGGAGUUCCUGGAAUAGCUAACAUAGUCCCUGUUGUGACGGGGAACAAGAAGACCAGGAAUCCUAUUUGCAAAGGCCUCGCUUAUAUUGACUUCAAGUCCAAAGAUGAAGCACAAAGGUUUGUGAAAAUGUUUUCUGGACAAAGUAUAAGUUUUGGUAAGAUUGAGAAGAAAAUAAAGUGUGAGAUGAUAAAUCUCGGAUCACCCAAGUCCGCAGCUAUAAAGUCAGUUGAUGAAAUUAAGUAUGCUCCUGAACAAGAAAUACCUGAUCUGCAAGGAGACCUGGAUGAUGAUUUUGAUGCAGAUUUCCUUUCCUCGGAUUCAGAGGAAAACCUUCCCACUGACCAUGAUGUUGUAGAGAUGGAGGAUUUAUCAGCACGUACAAAUGAUUAUACAGAAAAUUCAGAAAUUUUCUCUGCAGAGUCCUCUUCAGGUGAUGAACAAGAUGUUAGAGAAGAGUCUGAUUUCUCAGAACAAGAGAAGAAAGUCCAAGCAAAAGAGGAGAAGAAAAAGCCUAAGCAAAAGAAAGAGAAGGUCCCAAAAUUGAAUAUACCAGGAUCUGCGCGCAAGUUGAAAAUCAAGGAGAAAGCUCUACUUACUGGUGUUAUAUCCAAAUAUGCACAAAAAAAUACUGUUGUGACUGUGAACGAACAAAGCUAACAAUGGCCAGCGUUCACAUUUCUGUUGUGUUGGUAGCGGGGUUUAUUGCUGUUUGGUACACUAUCUCAUUUUUAUUAGAUAGUUUACUAUCGUGAGUCGCUAAAUUAGUUUACUAUCUCAUUUUUAUUAGUUACCGUUGUCAAGUAUGCUUUAUUUCGCUAUUCUUUUAACUCAUCUGGUUAAUCCAUUGUGUCCCAGUUUCUUCUU